UACCAAAACAAAGUCAACAAAUUAGAAGGGGUCGACAUAAAACCGCGUCUACUUCAUUAAAAAUAACGUUUUUCAGCAACUAAACAAAGCUUGUUUUUCUUUCUUUUCUGACAAAACAUCAUUGUAGAAAAAUCGAGCUAUGACUUUAUGAGUUGUUGUAUUGUGACAUAGUUUACUUUGAAUGGUGCAAUAUCUCAUGUUUCAUGGGUCUGAAGCUUUAUGAUAUCACAAGUUUUUCCUUCAUUUCUUAUUCUAUCUUGUGUGAUUCAUUUUAAUUAACAGUAUAGACCAAUGAGAAUUACAUUGGUUUCAUUUCUUUCUUUUAUUUUCUGUUAUUAUUGCAUAUAUCUAAGUAUCCAAAUCUCUGUUGUCUCUGCAACAUGUCUUGUUGAUCAACAAUCAUUGCUACUCCAAUUAAAGAACAGUCUCAUGUUCAAGCCAGAAAAUUCUACCAAACUAAAGUUGUGGAAUCAAAACAUCGAAUGCUGCAAUUGGAGUGGUGUAACUUGUGACAGGGAAGGACAUGUUGUUGGUCUUGAUCUAAGUGGAGAAUCAAUCUCUGGUGGAUUUGACAAUUCAAGUAGUCUUUUUAGUCUCCAACAUCUCCAGAAAUUGAACUUGGCUGCUAACAAUUUCAGUUCUGUUAUUCCAUCAGGAUUCAACAAGUUGGUGAUGUUAACUUAUCUGAAUUUGUCAUAUGCUAACUUUGUGGGGCAGAUUCCUGUGGAGAUUUCUCAGCUUACAAGGUUGGUAACUCUUGAUAUCUCUUCUCUUAGUUAUUUAAUAGGACAAGGGCUGAAACUUGAGAACCCAAAUCUACAAAACCUUGUCCAAAAUCUCACCAGUAUUAGGCAGUUGUAUCUGGAUGGUGUAAUUAUAACAGCAAAAGGGCAUGAAUGGAGCAAGGCUUUGUUGCCGUUGCGUGGUCUUGAAGAACUGACCAUGUCCAAUUGCAAUUUAAGAGGACCUCUUGAUUCAUCUCUGUCAAGACUAGAGAAUCUAUCAAUGAUUAUUCUUGAUGGAAACAAUUUUUCAUCCUCAGUGCCUGAAACGUUUUCCAGUUUCAGAAAUUUGAUUACUCUUAGUCUUUCUUCUUGUGGAUUGACGGGUACAUUUCCGAAGAAGAUCUUCCAAAUGGGAACAUUGUCAAUUAUUGACUUAACGUUCAACAACAAUCUCUAUGGUUCGUUUCCGGAAUUUCCAUUUAAUGGAUCUCUCCAAACCUUAAGGGUAAGUAAGACAAGCUUCUCCGGAGCAUUUCCAUAUACCAUUGGUAACAUGAGGCACUUAUCUGAAUUGGACCUUUCUAAUAGUAAAUUUAAUGGAGCACUUCCCAUUUCACUGUCAAGCCUCACACAACUUAGAUACAUGGAUUUGUCAUCUAAUAGCUUCACGGGUCCAGUGCCAUCACUUGGCAUGGCCAAAAACCUUAUCCACCUAGACCUUUCUCAUAAUCGUUUAAGUGGUCCAAUUCCAACCUCUUCUCACUUUGAAGGAAUGCACAAUCUUGUAAGCAUUGACUUGGGUUUUAAUUCUAUCAAUGGGAGCAUCCCUUCAUCCCUUUUCAAACUCGCAUUACUACAGAAGAUUCGGCUUUCAUUCAACCGGUUUAGUAAAUUUGACGAAUUUAAUAAUGUGUCUUCCACUGUAAUUAACACCCUUGAUUUAAGUAGCAAUAAUCUAUCUGGGCCUUUUCCGAAGCCUAUCAUUAAGCUCCAUUCACUUUCUGUCCUCGAUCUUUCCUCUAACAGGUUGAAUGGGCUGCUGCAGCUAGAUGAGCUCUUGGAGCUUAGAAAUUUAACUGCACUAGACCUUUCAUACAACAACAUAUCAAUCGACGUGAAUGUUGCAAAUGAUCAUACUUUCCUUCCCAAUAUUAGCACUCUAACUUUGGCAUCCUGCAACCUCAAAACUUUCCCUACUUUCUUGAGAAACAAGCCCAAAUUAACCAUUCUAGACCUUUCAAACAAUCAAAUUCAUGGAAAAGUGCCCAACUGGAUCUGGAAGCUACAAAAUCUUCAAAGCUUUAAUGUUUCUCACAAUAUGCUUACUGGUUUGGAACGACCAUUGGAAAACCUCACUUCCAACUUGAUAGCCCUUGACCUUCAUAACAACCAAUUGGAAGGGCCAAUACCUGUUUUUCCAAAAUUUGCUUCCUAUUUGGAUUACUCAAUGAACAAAUUUGAUUCUGUUAUUCAGCAAGAUAUUGGUAACUACCUGACUUUCACAAUCUUUCUCUCGCUUUCAAAUAAUAGUUUACAAGGAAGUAUCCCUAAUUCCCUCUGCAAUGCUUCAAAUCUUCAAGUGCUUGAUAUUUCGAUUAAUAACAUUUCUGGAACAAUUCCUUCAUGUCUAAUGAAUAUGACUCAAACCCUUGUGGUAUUAAAUCUGAGGAUGAACAAUCUCAUUGGUACUAUCCCAGAUGUGUUUCCACCUUCUUGCGCUCUAAGGACUCUUGAUCUCCAAAAGAAUAACUUAGAUGGACAGAUUCCAAAAUCUCUUGUGAAGUGCUCAGCUCUAGAAGUGUUAGACCUUGCUAAUAACAACUUCACUGGCGAAUUUCCAUGUUUGUUCAAGAAUAUAUCCACAAUCCGUGUAAUAGUCUUGCGCAAAAACAAGUUCUAUGGUCCCAUUGGAUGUCCAAAAACCGAUGGCACUUGGCAUAUGCUUCAGAUAGUUGAUCUAGCCUUUAACAACUUCAGUGGAAAACUACCUGGUAAAUGUUUCACAACGUGGGAGGCAAUGAAGCCUGAUGAAAACCAAGCUGAUUCUAAGGUAAAACACGUCCAAUUUCAGGUUCUCCAAUUUGGUAAGAUAUAUUAUCACGAUUCUGUGACAGUUACAAGCAAAGGUCAACAACUGGAGUUCGUUAAAAUUCUAACAGUUUUCACUGCCAUCGACUUCUCGUCAAACCAUUUUGAAGGCGAAAUACCAAGACAGUUAUUUGACUUCAAAGGACUCUAUAUACUCAACUUGUCAAACAAUGCACUUUCUGGCCAAAUUCCGUCAUCUAUUGGAAAUUUGAAGCAGCUUGAGUCCUUAGAUCUUUCAAAAAACUCCCUGGAAGGAGAAAUUCCAAAAGGGAUUACGAGUCUUUCUUUCCUAUCAUUCAUGAACGUUUCUUUUAAUAAACUUUCAGGAAUAAUCCCUGAAGGUACACAAAUCCAAUCAUUUCCAGAAACUUCAUUCAUUGGUAAUGAAAAACUAUGUGGCCCUCCAUCGACAAAUAAAUGCAUCCGCGAAAAUACAAGUGCACCAACAAAAGAAUCUGUCAUGAAAUUUGACUGGCAGUAUAUAUCCAGUGGAGUUGGUUUUGGAGUUGGAGCUGGACUAGUUUUUGCACCAUUGAUGAUUUGGGAGAGAGGUAGAAAAUGGAGCAAUGAUAUCAUUGACAAAAUUCUAAUGGUGGUUUUUCCAUUAUUUGGAUUGGUCUAUACUCCAAUUGGCGAUGAUGAAGAUGACACAAAAGAAGACUCAAAUGUGACAGAGGACAGUGAUUACAACGAAGAGGAAGAUUAUUGGAGUAAUCCAAGGUUGUAUUGUGUGUUUUGUUCUAAAUUUGACAACAAUAAGAAAAAGGUCAUUCAUGACCCUAAUUGCACAUGCUUCCACUCAUCAGCAGGUUCAGAUUCAACCAAUUAUUCAGAUUCAUAUUCAUCUUAGUCACAUAGAAAAGAUGAAAAUUUGAUGUUUUGUUUUGCUUUUUUGCUUGUAUUUAUUCUUUCUCUCUGAAUCCAUACAUGUAUAUGUAUUGUAUAUACACACACAAAAAAUCAUUCAAAGUGUUGCAAUCUACAAUCUAUGAAGCACAUACACAAACACCUGAUACGACACUAACACAUACAUGUAGAUACUCAUAAAAAUUUGAAAAAAUAUAUGCAAUUGAAUGUAACUACAUGUGUUAGUGUCACAAUGGCGUCCCACAUCAACAGGUGUCGGACAUAGGUCACACCUUUAAUCUAAAGUGUCAGUGCUACAUAAGUGGCAACAAACCAAUGAGAAAUCAAAGCAAUAAUAUAGACCAUGAUGUUGUAAACUGCGAUGAUAAAAAUGGUUAAGAAAUAAAGGCAUUGUUCAGUCAGGAUUUUCAUCAAACAGUUGAUAGGCAUAUCAAUAAUUGUACUAAGACUAUGAUUGAUGGCAUAACAGUUAAGAAAUAUAUAAGUGCAAAUGAUAUUUGUAACCUUUUGAAGACUCUCAGAUCACAGAUGAGAAAUUUGAAUUGAAAGGAAACUUUGCAAUUGAGUAUGUGGUGCUUUGUUCUUUGGCAUUGUGUCACUUGUGAUACAAGAAAGUGUUUCGAAUAUAUAAGCAUUUUUCUUUUACUUAAAAGUACACCCUCUUGUUUUACUGGUUUUACUAAAAUAUGUCUUUGCACUAACUUUUUUAACUUUCAGUUCACUC